AUGAAGCGACGAAUGAGAGCGAAGGUGUGGUGGCUACGUUUGGACAGAGAUGUCGAACAGCAUGUGAAAAUGUGCAGAAGCUGUUUAUUGGUGUCACAGCUAACCCGUCCACCGCCGAUGAAGCGGCACGUUUUUCCUGGCCGGCAGUUCGUUAGCGCCCAAUUCAAGGACUUCUGUGAAGCUAGUGGCAUCACUUUGAUUGCGACUCCUCCAUAUUGGCCGCAAUCCAACGGUGAAGUAGAAAACAUGAAUCGUUCAUUGGGCAAACGCCUUAAAAUUGCGUCGUUAAAUAAAGGAAAUUUUAAAGAGGAGCUACAAAAAUUUAUAUUAACCUACAAUACGACACCUCAUGGAACUGCUGGCUCUACACCUUCGGAACUUAUGUUUAAUAGGACCAUUCGAGACAAGCUGCCGGACAUUCGAGAUAUUAUAGAAGAAGUAGUAGACACCUCGGCAAGAGAUAAUGACCUGAUCAAUAAACAAAAAGGAAAGCUUACAGGUGACAAGGUUAGAGGUGCUAAGGAAUCCGACAUAAAGGUGGGCGACAAAGUUUUGCUAAAGAACGUUAUUUUUCUCUCCAAACUGACACCCAAUUUUGAAACAACGGAGUAUAAAGUUGUUGAAAGGAAUGGAAAUGAAGUGGAGCUUUUUGGAAAUGGGAGGAAAGUCAGACGGAACGUGAGCCAUUGCAAGAGAAUACCGUCGAAUGAGGGGCCGCCUAAUAACUCGAAUGAGGACGCACUAACGCGACUGAUUCUCAACGCUUAA